AUGGGUUUAUUUGAAAGUAAAUCAACUUCAGCAAGGAAUCAUAUAGGAGUGAAAGGAAAGAAAAGCCAACAAAAAGAAGUAAAACCAUUGAAUGUCAAGCAAUCGAUCAAUGAGACUGGAUCAUAUUCAAAGAAGGAUCCAGUAACUGAUAUGAAAAUGAAGCAGAUUGCCUUCUGGAUCAGUAAUCAGGAAUCCAAACAAAACAGAGAUUUUAUGAAAAUUUCAAAAUCAAAAUUAGAGAAGAAAAAGGACGAGUCGCCAGCACAUGGAAAACAAACAAGAUCAACAAUUAUGAGGCGUCAACGGGACAAAUCACUGAAGGAAGAACUUUCACGAAGAAUCGAAAUCAUUAAUCCAACUGAAAUGAAGGCUGAAUUGAAGAAGCACAGCCUGAGAGAUAAGGUAGGAACAAUAAAACCAAAAGAACGAAUAACUCAGAAUCGUAAUAUGGACAAAAAUAAUGAUGAUAACUUAGAGAGAACACAAGAACAGUGUCCGGAGAUAUAG